AUGUUGAAGCGUGCUGAAGACUCUCAAAAAUGCCUUAACAAUGCAUUUGACAAGAAUGAGCAUUCGGGUCGAUCCCCCGAUGAUCCCAUUCGUGAUGAAAAGAAUGGCGUCAUCCAGGAUGUAUCCAACUGCUCUAAGAGAUAUGGAGAAGAGGGGCAUAACAAUGAGGCCCCAUACGAUGUUACCCCAAUUCUAGAAGGCGAUCACCACCCUUUGCCACGCGUGCCCGACCCAUCAAUGGAAAUAGGCCAAGGACUUAAUUUGGUUGAUUCAAUUGCGAAAUCUCGGGAUUCAGUCUAUCCACGAGCAGCUAGCCACCAACCGUUGUUGCAUACUCAAGAAUCCACUAAUGAAGAACUACCAUCAUAUCCCGCUGGAUCACCCAUUGCUGUAAGUAGGAUGAAAUUUUUGGAAAUCAAAAAAGAUAUGCAGUUACACAACCAGCUGCGAGGAUUUGCACACCAAAACAUCGGAGACUUACUGAUACCGACAAUCAUCGUGAAGAACCCGCAUCUAUCCACGUCUUUUUAUGAAGGUUCCCAUACAUUUCAACCAAGCAUGGCCAGUAGUCGAGAUAUCCUCAGCAAUACCAGCAGUGCUAUUGACCCUUUAUCACUUUCAGCUACAGUGCCACUAGAUAAUGCCUUUAAGAAUAGCCGAUUUGAUCCUGACAAUCCGAAGGAAGAAUCAUCAUUUGAUUGCAUUACUGAUUUAACGAAAAAAGCGGAAAAGUCUGAAAGUUUAUCACUCGUGACAAAAGUAGUUUCGCACAAGGGGACCGCUUAUAAAAAAUCGAGUUUUUUUGAGCAUCAAGAGAUAUCCCGCCUUUCAUCCAAAGGUGUAACGGAUGUACACGUAUCAAACCCCCUUUCUCAUUCACGCAGAGAAUCGCUUCCAUUGGUAGUAGAGUCAUUUCCUAUUGUGUAUGCAAAUCAAGCCGUGCUUCAGCUGCUUGGCCAUGUUAAGCACCAGAAUCUUGUUAGCAGUGACAUUAAGGCUCACUUCUGCUGCUACCUACCCAUCCUCAUAGAUCAAUCCGACAGUAAGACGGAAGAUGGUCCCUUAGGUCGGUAUGAUACGAAAAAUGGAGUAGUGGGAUCGCUGGUAAGCUGUGGAAGUACCACAACUAUAAAACCCUCAAAUUCUGACAAGCAUAUGACACCAGUCUCAAAUUUGGUGAAUAUAUUUCCCCUUCAUGACGAUUUGAAGAAUCAAGAUUGCUCUAAAUAUGAGGUUAAAGAGCUCUCAGAGCUUUCAGAACUCUUCAAGACAGGUGUGGAGUGCUAUUUGGGACUUCAUAGCAUACAGGACUCGAGCAUCUAUACAUGUUUUGCUAUGAGUCUGGAUUAUGUGAACCUAUGUAAUACUGGGAACGUGAUGACGCCCUUGGUGAGGAAUACUAGCGGUCGAAAUGAAGCUGCAACAGGAGACUUUUUAUUUGAGGCAGGUACCAACAUGGAUGCGGUUGAUAUUAUGGAUACAAAUGCUCCUUUUAGCGGUGCUAAAUACAUGAAUUCUCAUAAAAAUGCAUUUAAAAGUUUUGGUGGAUGCGGGGUCGACGAUAACGCUGAAGAGCCGUACUUAAUUAUUUUCUUCCUUAGAAAGACAUUGCCUACUGGAACCAUUGGUAUAGAUGCAGGUAAGAGUGAUGAGGUCCCAGAUAAAGACUCGUCUUUACCCACAUCUCUGAGAUCGAGUGAUAUUGGUAUGAAGAGGCAAUCCAGAACGGAGCCGUUUCUUUUUGGAGGUAAAACGAGCCCCACAUUCCCUGUUGUUGCCACUAAUAGACCAUCUGUGGAUGGGGUCUUGGGUUCAUUGAGCACUUCGCUCAGCGCACAUCGUGCUCCCCUAGCUACCACCGUCCCUUCAUCCUCUCCGUUUCCUAUUAUCUACAAUGCUAAGCCAGAGUCGGAUCCUUACACUUGCUCCUCUUUGUCACCCUUUCCGCACCAUGAUUCCGAACACACGGGGAACCGAAACGACGUUGACACCGACCUCGAGUUGAAUAAAAGGGAAGUAACCAAAAAAUCCCAAAACAAGGACCACCAUGAGGAGAGCCCGAGGGGAAGUCAAACCAAGUUCCAUACUACUCGUAACAGUGAGGCUCAUGAAACAAAUUUCUAUAAGCCGCUAAGUAGCUUUUGCACGCUACCCAGUGGAGCUUUGCAGGGCAUAGCGUCUGCAAGUAGGAGAAAGUCGUCGUUUUCAAGUAUUUUGUCGAAGGAAAUUCAUACAGUGUCCUCACAACGGCAGAAACGACAUAGUCAAGAACGUUCCUCACAGGACAAGACAUCCCACAAGGAGUUGCACGAGCACCGACGCAGUGAAAAACAGGAACCUCAUUGGCAUGUGCCGGACCCAUUUCUGUCGAAACGGAUGUUCUCGGAUGCGGAAAGCCGGAAUCUCAGCAUAUUUAGCCAUUCUGAAGGUAGUAGUGGGACGAGCCGCACGACAACGGUGAUAACGAGAGACUCUUCAAGUAGCCAUGCCGCAUCUGAAACAAGGGCAAAGAGGGGUCAGAACGAUAAUCCUGAGAUGCCUGUGGGUGCUACUUCCACACCCUGUACCUCGCUUCUAUUGCCAACACAGAAAGGGAGGAGGAUUUCUAUGUGGGCCUCUCGCCUCAGCCGCGAGGAUAAAUCAAAAACCACAAAGUACGUCUCCUACAACGUUAAUCCGGGCUCAGAUUUUUCUAACGUUGUUGAACGAGUGGAGGAUCAGAUUCAACCGACUGAAUCUCUUAGCCAGAAUGGCAAUAUUCACUGGAGCGACCCAGGGAGAUCACACCGCUCAAGGAAGGACUUCUUGAAGACGUGGGAAACCUUUGGUACGGUAGGAAACACUACUAAAAAUACUCCUGAGGUGCAUAUGGCAGAGCGUGCGAGCAAACCCACCUCGCCGGCGACGAAGUUCUCGGCCUUGUCGUUGAGCGGAAAGAGGGAGGAUACUUUCAAUCGGAUCACCUCAGGCCCCCAGACCUCGUCCUUGACCCCAACCAGCUGGCUAAACGAUACCGGAUAUCACUAUCUGACCUCCGACAUUGGUGGCAAUGAAUGGGCCAAGUUCCGACUGAAUUCUGAGUCUUUCCAAGGCAGCAGUCAGAGGUACUCCACCGAUAAUAGGGACGUGGCCACGCGCACCAGCAGCUCCGCCUUCAGUCCAGAUUCCUCAAACCCUAGAUUCGUCUCCUUCAGCGCUUUUCAGGAGGACCAGACUGGAGAUUCAUACCGACAGCAGCCCGAUACGCUGGGGCGGGUGAGCAACAUGAGUUUGUCCUCCCGCCCCGCAAUGACGCAGCGCGCCCGCAGCACGGACACGGUGCAGGUGAAAAAUCUGCGGCUGCGAUUGCAGUCCCUCAAGGGGAUCGCGACGGUUCAGAUCUCGAAACGUGUUCCUAAGACCUUCAUCAUGAACAUUGUGUCCUUAUUUAUUCUGUUGCAGUACGUCCAGCGGUAUCAGCGUCAGUGCGGCGCUGAAACGCCGGUCCAUUGCUUUGUGAAUAUCAGGAACACCUUUAUUGUGGUGGAUCUUCUGUCCGACAUAAUUUUCCAGGGAAUGACCCUUGAGGAGAUGAUGAGUCAGCUCGAGGCAAAAUACAUACAAACGGAUAAAAAGAUUCUCCGGGAGGAACGGAGUUUUGCGGUCUCUGAGGCUGAGCGGGUAAGCCAGAUCUCUUUUGAUAUCACAAAUGGCGGUACCUCUGGUGUGAAGAAGUCUUCCCCGCCAGUUGAUAACUUAAAGAUGGCUUCAGAGCACCAGUUUAGGCUUAUUAACCACGCGUUCCACACAACGCAUUUACCGCCGCCGGUGACGGCCGGCAGUACACGGCGUAUAGACAAUAAAAGGGCGAGCCUGUCCAACGCGUCGAUGGUUAUGGGAACGGGGCUGAUAUCCGUCGCCUUGCCAGACACGUCUCUUGUGGCGGGCGCUGACGGUGUAGAGCAAGGGCAGACUGGUUUUGACCAUAGCAGGGGUGUUUCCCCCAUCCUUUCUGCCCCUCAAUCUGGCACACCAGAGGUUUCAUCUCCAAAAGAGUCGGCCUAUGUACCGCUUGAGUAUGUCCUUCCACAAGAACUAAUCGACCUUCUGAUUCAUUGCAACGGUUCCCUAAAUAUCCGCCGAGAUAGCACAGCUGUCACACUUAGUCUUCCUUAUAUUACGAAGGAGCGUUUGGCUCUACUGGAUAAUGUCGAAACAGUGCAAUUGUCCUCUCAAAAAGGGUUGUUUACAUUUGGAGUUUCUCUUACCAACCUUUUGACGGAAGAAGCAGCGACUAAAACGAAUCUCGAGAGCGCCUCACUGUUUCAUGAACAGGAUGAGAAAAACAGGUCAGCACAGACUGGAACUCCGAAUAGGGUACUAAAAAUAUCGCCAAGGGGGUUCUCCAAAAGUGAGAUUGGGAAAGAUGAGCGAGUUAUUGAGGGAAGGCAGCGGAGCAAAUCGUCUAACAUGGAUAUGGUGAGCCAUCCAUUUGUUACGCUAAUAGAACCGCUUACUACCAAUGAUGGUCAGGAGAAACGCCUUUCCGAGGGAGACUCUAGACGAGGAGUCCGAGGCCUUCACUCUGAUCGUCCCGAUCAAUCUACUCAGGAGUUAUCAUGGCGAAAAUCAUCCGCAGUCAAGUUUGUGGAGGUUGACAGUACAAAUGGUAGCGAUGACAAGGCUCCUGAGACCCUUGAUGACAUCAAAAAUGCGGACAUCAUCCCUAACUUUUGUGGGGUUGAGCAGCCCGAAACAAACUUUUCCACUGCAGGACUCGCCACUGCAGCCGCAGGGGCUUCUCUUCCUAGUGUAUUAAAAAAUGAGGAUAAUGUCUCGACAGAGUUCUUUCCGUGUGAGGAAAAGCUACAAGCCGAAUGUUUGUUCGCGCUUGAGCGUGAUGAUCUGAAAGAAAAUAUUGAGACCCAGGCCACGUCACUCUCACAUCCUAUGCUGUUGACUACAGAAGACCCUAAAUGGAAGUGGGAACAAAAAACCAAUGAUGUCUGUGACAGAGAAACAACCCCAUCGUCUAAGGAUAAGCCUCACGUUAAGCCUGAAUGCCGCAACUUUUCAUCAGAAGCACAACGUCAAGAGGAGUUGAAAUCCAAAGGAUAUGAGUUUUUAGGGGGGCCUAAACUACCCACAAGUGUAGUGGGAGGCUUAAUCAGCACACGCCUAGGAUUAGAAUGUUCGAACGAUGAUGUGAUAUCGUCGUCACAGAAGAAUGAUGUGGAAGUGACAGCAUCUGCAGAAGAUCAGCAAGAGUCUGUUUUGCAGAAACCAUCCCGUUCCUCGUCCAUCUUACGCAAAAACACGGGCAGUACCCAGACCACAUCUCAGAGCAGUAGUGGCUCCAGAAAAGCGACCAAGAGCGUUUCCUUUGAGAAUAGUGACGUGGGCGUCGAAGAACUACCACCAUGUGUCCCAAGCUUGAGUUUUGCAAGCGUUCCUAACGACUCUCUGGUGGAAAGCUUUCCAAACAUGUUCCGUAUUUUGGGAACAAGGCCAUCUAUCGAAGGUGGGAAGGAUUCAAAAAAGCAUGAAACAAAAUGGAAUGAGGAUGUUAAUGGAAAUAACACAUACGGUGCGCGACUGUCAUCUGGGGAUUCUCAAGAAGGGAUUGUCUAUCAUAACCAGACAUCCUUUGAAUCGAAUUCCUCGCCUUUGCCCAAAAAUCGCGAAGAAAGUGGAUGGAGCAGAAGAGAGGUCACUUCUCCUUUAGAGGUUCGAAGACUAUUCUACGUUGUCAUAUACACCACUAAAGAGCGGCCUGAUAUUGAGGAAGAGCUUGGUCGCUGUGGGCACUGCUGCUUGUUUAUCACGAGCCCUGAAAAGAUGCUGCGUUAUAUGCGAGCUAGGAUGGACCGCUUUGAUUUACUUCUUGUGGAGUGGAAUGAUAAACUUGUCACUCCAGAAGUCGAGAAUUUUUUGCUGGGGUGCACUUCCGAACAGACCGUUGUGAUGUACCACGUAACUAUCACGGAGGAUAACGCGAGGAAUCAUAACCCCCAUUCAAAAAGUGGUGAGCACAAGCGAAGCGGAGGGGUGCACAGGGUCCUUCCUGAAGCGAUUCCAGAAAGUGCCAUCCUUCGUAGCCCUGAUAUCGCAUCAGUGUUCCUCAACAUCCGCAUGCAGAGACAGACGCUGGACUAUUUUUUCCGAAAGCGGUUGCUUCGAGAGAUGCUGGAGCUCCGGGUAAUACAGUCCUAUCAGAUAGUCCGUCAAAUUGGCAGUGGCGCUGGUGGAGAUGUGUUUGAGGUAGUUUUAUAUGCAUCCAAGGGACAUCUGGCCAUGAAGCGUAUCUUUCUGAAGAACAUGUCGUUACGAGGGAUAGAGAGACUCAGUCGUGAGGUCCAUAUCCUGAGCUCGCUGGACCACCCAAACGUCAUUAUUUUCUCCCACACCUGCUCUGCCGGUAACGAUUUUUGCAUCUUCAUGGAGCUCUGUGACGGGAACCUGAGCCAGAGGAUUCGUACCCCCGCGUCACUGUCUCAUCGGGCUCCUUCCGAUUCAAGUUCUGUCCAGUCUCAUAUUCGACUCCGCGCUCGUAAAAGUUCCAUAGCAAUAAGCAGCAAAAAUAGUGCGGCCCCAACAAGUAGUAUCGCUGGUCUGACUCCCAUUAGUCCGGAGGAGGCAGUGCUGAUUAUUCACGACAUUGCCAGCGGCAUAGCCUACCUCCACAACCAAGGCAUCAUUCACCGCGACAUAAAGCCGGCGAACAUUCUGUUUGCUAACAACGUUGCCAAACUUGGUGACUUCGGCUCUGCGGUUCGGGUGCAUGAGCGACAUCCGUUGACAAACAUGAAAGGCACACUGUCCUACAUGGCCCCUGAGGUCAUCCUCGGCGAGCCGUACGGAAAGCCUUGUGACAUGUGGUCCUUUGGCUGUGUCCUGACGGAUAUUAUGGGCUUCAACUUGGCCCACCUGAUCGGGUUGCAUAUUCCGGCCCUCGUCGAGUUGUACGACUCGCUAAGCAUGGCCGAGAGCCUGCCUGUGACAAUAGCAAAUCUCACCGUUUCUCGGCCUGAAAAUCUGGUCUCUUCUACGACUUCACGCGGUGUACUGGAGGCCGUACGCACAGCUUCUAUCCAAGCCGCGAAAGAGCGAGACGAGUUGGGCACUCUUUAUACCUCCCAGCAUACACCGGAAUCAACCCCUUCGAAGUCACCUUUUGCCCGCGCGCGAGGAAGCAGAACGGAAUGCCAAGCCCCCGAUAUUAAUGUCAUUACGCCGCGUACCGAUAACGCACGGUCCCAAAGGCAGAAGUCCUCCAUGUACCUGGACAUGAGCAACGAGGGAAGGGUGGACUAUAUGGCACGAAGCUCCAGUAUGCCACCGCGGCUCCCUGCCACUCUACCUGUUGAGGAUCCAAUAGGUGUUCCUCUCACGAUUCGCUACACGAAGUCACCAGGUGAAUUUUCCAGUAGCAUGGACAAACGCCAGCAGCAUCAGCCCAAUAAAAGUCGCUACGACGCAGGCGCGGAAAGCUCUGGUCUGACAAUAGCACGCACAGUUACUUGCAUCAGCAUCAGUAAAAACUCCGUUGUCGGCACCCGAAUGGUCUCACUACCACGUUCCCUGGUGGAACUUCUAGAGUCCUUAUUUCAUCGUGAUCCCGCGAAGCGCAUGACUAUCGAAGAGGUGUUGGAGCACCCAGUCACGUGGAACGUUGAAUGGAUGACAAGCAUAAUGGCCGCUCUCCAUCAGGUAAACGAAAGCAUCACGAGUGCUAAUAUUCCAGGAAGCAAUCUCUGUGACGUCUCAUCGCACUCUUCGAAGACCGCACGUUUUUCACGGGGUAUGGGUUAUGAGGCUGUGCCCGGUAUCGGUCUCAGAGGCACUGCUUUUGAAGAAAAAUUGUCGCUUUCGUUAAACUCUUCGCCGCUAUUCGUAGCGGAUGAUAGGGGUACUCAAAAACAAGUAAUGCCUACACUAGAAGAACCAACGAACCCUCAUUGA